AUGGACGAGACGGGGAAGCUAAAGCGGGCACUAAUCGAUGCGACCGCAGGGGCAAUCUCCGGAGGCAUCUCCCGGUCUGUCACAUCGCCUUUGGACGUCAUCAAGAUCAGAUUUCAGGUAGUCGGGUAGACGUGGUUUUCCACCUGUGCAAUCUACCAUUACCUUUAAAUAAAUCACGUGUAACCGAAAUCAGCAAGGUUAGUUAGAAAAUUUGAACGUCUAGUCGGCAUUGAUUGCAUAGUCGCUCUUUUCUAUUCAACAAUUCAUACGAGGAAAAUUCGACCUUUAUUGGAAGCCUUGGUACCUUCUAGAGUAGCCUAAAAGAUAUGAAACCAUUUGCCAUCUGUUUCUUUCUUCCUGUUGCAGAAAAAUGCUUUUCACUGCAGGUCGUAUGCUCCAAGCAAUUUUCCAGCCGAAGUGUUUUCGAGUUAUUUACAAGGAAACUUGUAUUGAUGUGUGCUCAAUUUUAAAUGGAGUCAUUCCCUUGCCGAGAGUUGUUUAGGUUCAUGUAUCCAUGUAGAGAACUUGUGCCAUGUGAUAACACCAGGAUACUUGUGCAUCCAUGUCGAUUAUGCAAUGGGUAUUAUUUUCAUUAUGCAUGCUUCAGGUGCACAUACAUUCCGCUGCAUGGUAUAUAAUGCGUAUUAUUCUCCUUAUGCCCGUGAAGGAUUUUAAUGAGGCUUCUGCUUUAUAAUAUCUUAUUCCCUUUCAUCAAUCAUAUGAUCUGAGUUGUAUUAUUUUCUCAAUAUCAUUCUUUUAACCACUCGCAGGUUCAACUGGAGCCCACUUCUUCGUGGGCUUUUCCCCGCGGAGAUUUUUAUAGACCAUCAAAAUAUACUGGUAUUUUGCAAGCAACAAAAGACAUUUUCCGUGAGGAGGGUUUACCGGUACACAGAGUUCCAGCCUUUACCUGCUUAGUACCUUCAAUUCAAUCGUAACACUUUAUAAUCGUUAUUUCCUAUUUUUUUAAGACCGGAGUUCAUUUUUUCUUUUGAAACAUUUAGACAUGUUUUUUCAGAAAAAAUGAAAUCAACCAUAGCCUACAUAACGUCAAUGUCCGGUGGGUAAUAUACUAUAAGUAUGACAUUUUUUUUUUUUUUGGGUUGUGCAUUUUUCUUCUUCUUAAGAAUUACAACGAAUGGCAUGUCUUCAACUAGUUGAAGGUCAAUCAUUGCGCAUAAAACUAAUGCCUGGUAUUAAAAAUAAUUUUUAGAUGUUAAAUAGUCGCAAAAAUUGUCUUUCGUCAUUCCCCAAACAGAAACUGGUUCUGUUUAUCAUUGAAAGAAGGCUCAAUCAGUGAGAUAUCUUUUUAGUUUUAUGUGGACUAGAAGUUAGUAUCUUUAUUAUUCCGAAUCAGAUGUGCGUGCAGAUUUUUUGUCGUUAUAAAAUUUUGGGAAAUGAAAAAGGUAAAAUUGCUCUAUGGUGUUUUUCAUGUGAGUAAUGAUAAUAAAAAGUGAGGGAGGGUUGAAAUCUCUAGCUUCUAUGUCACAGAGGGAGAAGGACAGUGUUAACUCCGGGCCUGUCCUUUGAAUGAUUCUUUUUCCCCAUUGGAAUGUGGGCGUUGCUUCAAAUUAUUCUGAAUUUCUCCGUUAAUGCCUUUAAUUUUAACUGCUAAUGUCAAUAUAUUCAGAAACUUCUCUGUGGAGAUUGAAAGUCGUUUCAGUUUUUCUUCAUGCUUCUACUGGUUGUUCGAGGACUUGACUCAAAAUUUGAGAUGUUGAAAGUAAGAUCAUUCAAAUAAAAUGGCCUAAUCACAGAAGUGGGUUGUUCUAUCUACUGACGUAAAUUACUGUAGAUAUUCGAGUGUUAGUGGUUGGACAUGUACCUGGAAAAAUAUAAAUAACACGACCAUAGUUACACACGUAUAAACCAUACUAUAUGUCAUAACUUAACCUACAUAUCCGUAUGAAAUGCAUUCCCUAUUGUUGUACAGUGAGGCUGUGUACAUCCUUGAGAAGCAGCUGGAUGGAUUACAUGCCGAUGGCCUUUUCCCUUAUAACCCUCUAGUUAGUGAGAUUUACCUGACACUUGUUAAUGUCUAACUGUAUUAACUGGCUAAUGUAAAGUUGCUGGAACUGUUUUCUUUGUAUGAGGUGACCUUCCAUUUUAUGGUUGUGACACUGGAUUGGAUGAUCAGAAGAGUGACUGUUGAGCCCAAACUAGAUUUUUUUUGGAUCAAUCAAAUCUGUUUAUCCAAUUCAUUCAACACUGUCCAGUGGCCCGCCAAUCGUUCGUGAGAAACUCUGUUUCCUCACCCUUUGAUAAUUUUCAUGUUGGUUGCUUAAUUUUUCUUCAAAAUAAAGAAAGAUAUAUAUUUUUUUAGCUUCUAGUUAAUCUCGCCUCAUUCUUGUGGGUCAUGUAAUUUGCGGAAGAGCAUUUUAUGCUUGUUGAUCAUCAUCAUCUGUAAAUACAGAUGGUAUUACGAUUAACUUUAUUUCACGCACUGAACUGUGUUUUCCUACAUAUUCAGUGUCAUUUUAAAAUCAGUUCGACGUCAUUUAAAUGGAAUCAAUUUAUCACAUGGUUGAAUGAAUUAACAUCCUCCAACUCGAGUUGACUUUGUUUUUAUUUUUUGAAUGAAUUAAUAUCCUCCAACUUUUCAAAUAGGGUUUCUGGAGGGGCAAUGUUCCAGCUCUGCUUAUGGUUAUGCCUUACACUGCCAUACAAUUUCCAGUACUGCACCUUGUAAAAACAUUGGCAUCUGGUUCAUCCAAAACAGGUUUUCCUCAGAAAUUUGGUUAUGAUGUUUGCUUUGUACAUCUUGUGAUUUCUUCGUGGUAUACUUUCUAUUUUAAAUAUCGAUGACUGUCUACAGAUUUAAUAUCAACAAGAAAUCAUUCAGUCUUAAAUUCUGCGAGCUGAAAUCUUUUAGUGGAUUGAUGUAGUAAUUAGGGCACCAUAUAUUUCUCGUGGGUUUUACCUUAUGAGUGCAUAUGAAUCGUUGUGGUGAGGUAUCUCGCCAAUCAAGUGCUACCAAUCACACUUCACUUUAUUCAUUAUUUCGAUAAAACUGGCGAUAUUAAUCAUCUCUUCAUUAAAAAAAAAAGGGCCUCCUGUUUGCUUCUAAUUUUCUUCAUAUAUUCUUGCAAAAAGUCAUAAUGGGGAUAUGCAUCUUUUGGAAUAGCAAGCCUUCUCCAUGAAUUCCAAGAAGAACCUGAUAAAUUGUCAGACCUCAAACCCUAAUUUACAUCCGGCUUAAUCCAUUGAAUCUACACAUACUUGAUCGGCAAUGACAUGUUAUACAUACAUACACACACAUCUAACACUGAAAAGCAGAUAACACUGUGAAAUGAGAUACGUGAUUACUCUGCUCAUGCCCUACCCCAUCACUGCUAAGAUGAUGGUGGGACCAUCAGCUGAUAUUUCCUGUGAAGUUUCUCUGUAUGCACCAAUAUUUGGCCCUUAUAAUGAACUGUCUCAGAUUUCGUAGAUUUGAGUCCACGCAUGUUGUUGGGUCAACGCAACGUAUCUAAUUGGGGGUCGUAUGGAUAGACAGAGGUGAGAGAUUGUCUGGCAUCAGACUUUAGAUUUGAUUGCAUUAUCUUGAGACUAUACAUAAGGAGGAAAAGACUCAGGAAAAGGAAUUGGAUGUCUCAUCACCAUCGAAUACCCAUGCUCAUGACUCGAUCCACACUAUGAAUGACUGCUUCAUGAGAAACUCGCAUUGGGCAGCAUUAUAAAUGUUUACUUUUUAUGAUAUUUUACAAGAAACAUUUAAAAAAUAUUUGUAUCAUCUAAUUACACUGCUGGAAAAAUGGUUUCAAUCUUUACUGAUGGGGUGAUUUGAUGCCCUAAAUGUUUUGUGCUGAUAUGCAGAGGAUCAUCUGCGGUCGAGUUCGUAUCUGUCUUAUGUGAGUGGGGGGCUGGCAGGAUGUGCUGCAACAGUUGGAUCAUACCCAUUUGAUCUCUUGAGAACAAUUUUGGCAUCACAGGGGGAACCCAAGGUAUAGGUCCAAGACUUGCAACUUCAUGGUUCGUUUUUUAGGGUUUUUUUUUUUUUUUUUAAUCUGAUCGUUUUUUAGGUAUUGUUGAGAUUACGAUAAAUCGUCCACACCGUAUGAAUGUGGACCAUUCUCGGUCAUCCCCAUGCUGCUUGCCUUGCAGAAAGCAUGGGUUGACUUGACUUCAAACAAAAUAAGAGCCACCUUGUCGGGUUGAAUCCCCACCUUAGUUGCCCACGGUUGGAUGAACAUUUGACCAAUUCUCCGGACCAAAGCCACACGACUUGUUCGUCUUCAAUAAAUUUACUACCACAUUAACAAAUUCGACUUCAUAUAGUUAGAAGAGAUUGCAACCGUUGACUUUAUCUCACUCUUAGAUACUUCAGAGUAGAAACGUUGGUUUACUCAGCUUUAUGGUCGUUGACCAAAACACACCCUUAGAAGGGAAGGGAGAAGAGGGGGGAGGGGGCGGGGGUUAUAUUCUUAAUUACCACAGCUACUUAGAUCGAAGUUGCGAGUGAUAUUGAUAUAAUAUGCUAGAGAAUCAAAAAUUUCAUGCUAAUAUCGUAUAUGGAUGAAAUGCUUUUGCUUACGGAGUGGGGGUUGACUUGUUGCUGUCUGGCAUCAUCAUGCUGUCGGGGGGGAAGUCUCCUCUUUCUUUGGAGCAUAAUUUUUUGCGUCGCACAGAUGUAGGUGGAUAAAAAAUGCUCGGACAAUCCUGAGGGGAUCCAAGAACAGUACGUCAGAGGGAAUGUAGCAGUUUCUCCCCAAGGGAGGAAAGCUUGUCAGCAGAGGGGGGGUUUUACAGCAGUGAAGGGGAUCCGAUUGGAUUAUAUUUUAGGGUUUUAGUGGUUCUGAGCAGGCAACUAUGCUGUUGGCAUGGCCAUCUCUGACUUGGUGAACUUGAAGUCGAAAUGAGAAGAAUAAUUGUGCCUCUCUGAAUCAUCCGAUACCUUUGUCAGGAUUUCUUCAAAGUCAACGAGGCAAAUCUCCGGCAGUUGAUGCGAACCGGUCACUUUCAACUAACUGGGCUUGAUCAAGACUGUAUUGCAUGUAUAUAUUUUUUAUAAUAUUUUUGUCGGCCUAACUUGAUACAUUGGUCUGUAUGCCAUUUUCUCAUCAUACGCUGACUAACUGGUGCGCGCAAAAAUGUCAGCAUAGGAUCAUAUUAAAUUGGUGCAGCAUGCAGUGCUCACUGCUGAAUUAUUCCUCUGCCUGUUCAGGUGUACCUCAACAUGAGAUCUGCGCUUGUCGACAUUGUCAAGAAUCGUGGCAUCCGGGGCUUGUACGCCGGACUAACACCGACACUCAUAGAGAUCAUUCCAUACGCAGGCCUGCAGUUCGGCACCUACGAUACCUUCAAGAGAUGGUCAAUGGUAACGCUCGAAUCAUCUCUUCCUAGUUAGGGAUUAUACAAGAACGUUGGCCUAAUCACUCAUUCUUUUGACUUCAGAUCAGAGUUUUUUUUUUCUCCCAGAUGCAUCAUGCUUUAUUCCCUUGUAAUCUUAUGGCUAUGCAGGCAUGGAAUAAGUCGCGGUACGCUGAUGUGGACACAGUCAAGGUAGAUGUCAGCCUCUCGAGUUUCCAGCUAUUUAUCUGCGGCUUGGCAUCGGGAUCCUGCGCUAAAGCUGUCUGUCAUCCUCUCGAUGUUGUGAAGAAGAGAUUCCAGGUAAGUUUAAAACAAAAGAAAAAUCUAGUGUUAUAAAUGAAUGACUAAGCAACGAGAGACCCCCCCCCUCCCCCUUACUCUCACUCUCACUCCUCUUCUCAUGAUCGCUUGUUUUCAGCAUUCUCUCUCUGUAGAAUAGAUGAAGGGGAGCGAGAGUCUCCUCUCUCUCGGCGUUCUACUUCAUCCAAUUCUCUUCGAAAUCUUCUCGUGGUCUCCCAUGUCCCCUCCACAGCUUCUCUCCCUCUAUUUGUAGUGAAAACAUCCAGCGACUCCUUCCAUGUCUCCUCCCGCCUGACCUUUCUAGUUCCUUUCCUAGUUUAGAGAGCCUGACUGGGGUUGGCUGGCUCAAAUCUUGCAGAUCGAAGGGCUCAGGAGACACCCAAAGUACGGGGAAAGCCUGGAGAGCCACGCGUACAGAAACAUGUACGACGCCCUUCGGCAGAUAAUACGGCGGGAGGGCCCUGCUGGGCUCUACAAGGGGAUCUACCCUUCCAUCAUCAAGGCGGCCCCGGCAGGGGCUGUCACCUUUGUGGCUUAUGAGUAUUCAUCGGACUGGUUAGAGUCCGUCCUGACGUGA